UUGAAAAUGGCCUCAUUCACCAAAAUCAAUCAAAUUUUCUUGAUUUCACUCCUUUUUCACUCAACCAUUAUCCAUGCAACUGAAGAGGUCGAUAAUCUAGAGACAUACAUCGUCCAUGUAGAUUCGUCCGACACAAGUCUUGAGGAACUCGAGAAUUGGUACCGUUCAUUUCUUGGCAACUCGAACUCCUCAAGAAUAGUACAUGCGUACAAACACGUGAUCAAAGGCUUUGCGGCGAGGCUUACGCCUGAUGAAGUGGCAAUCAUCGAAAAAUACGACGGAUUCUUGCACGCUAGGCCUCAAAGGCAGCUCUCCCUGCACACGACCCACACUCCCAACUUCCUCGGACUGCACCGUGAAGCCGGUCUCUGGAAGGACUCCAACUAUGGCGAAGGUGUCAUCAUCGGCGUCCUCGACUCUGGGGUUUUCCCCGACCACCCCUCGUUUAGCGACGAGGGCAUGCCGCCCCCGCCAGCUAAAUGGAAGGGCAAGUGUGAGUUCAACACCACCGCCUGCAACAACAAGCUCAUCGGUGCUAGGUACUUCACAACCACCGGACAGGGGACUCCACUCGACUUUGACGGACACGGAACUCAUGUCGCAAGCACCGCCGCCGGAAGUUUCGUCCCUGGCGCCAACUUCUUCGGGCAGGCCAACGGCACUGCUGUGGGAAUAGCCCCGCGGGCUCACCUAGCUGUCUACAAAGUGUGCAUCGAUAAUACGGCUUGCUCUGAGGUCGACAUCCUAGCGGCUAUGGACGUCGCUAUCGAAGAUGGCGUUGAUGUGCUUUCGCUCUCACUCGGAGGCCCCCCAACUCGGUUCACCUUCGACGCCGUUGCUCUCGGCGCUUAUAGUGCCGUGAAGAAGGGCGUCUUCGUGAGCGCUGCCGCCGGUAACAGCGGACCUUCACACGGCACGCUGUCGAAUGAGGCGCCGUGGAUUCUAACAGUCGGAGCAAGCACAACUGACAGAAAAUUACAAGUUGUUGCACUUCUUGGGAAUAAAGAGGAGAUAGACGGCGAGGCCAUUAAUCAGCCAAACAAUUUUUCGCACACGCCCUUACCUUUGAUCUACACCAAAUUUUGCGGGACACUAAAAGGAAUCAAUGUUGGAGGAAAAAUCAUUGCAUGUGAUUAUAAAUUUGGUGAUCUGGCAUCAGUUUCCGCCGUAAUCACAGAAGCUAGUGAGGCCGGAGUUGAAGCUGUAAUUCUAAUGAAUGAAGAAUCUGUGGGAGCGACGAAGGGUCUCUACCCUUUCACUUUCCCAACGACACAGGUCGGUUAUAGCGAAGGUUUGCGGAUCAAAGCCUACAUAAACUCCACAUCAGAUCCCACCGCUGCGAUGUCGUUCAAAGGGACCGUGAUCGGAGACGAUCGCGCUCCCAUCGUCGCUUCCUUCUCCUCCAGAGGGCCGAGCGUGCAAAGCCCGGGAAUCCUAAAACCUGACAUUCUCGGGCCGGGCGUGGACAUCCUCGCUGCCUCGCACGUUCCCAUCGAAGGAAACACAAACAGCUUCGUCUUCAAUUCAGGCACUUCAAUGGCGUGCCCUCAUCUCAGCGGGGUAGCAGCGCUGCUCAAAAGCAUGCACCCCGACUGGUCGCCUGGCGCGAUCAAAUCAGCCAUCAUGACGUCGGCCGACACAGUGAACCUGGCAGGCGAUCCGAUCGAGGACCAAACGCUGAAGCCGGCUGAUGUGUUCGCCACCGGUGCGGGGCAUGUGAAUCCCUCCAGGGCUAAUGAUCCCGGGCUUGUCUACGAUCUCGAGGCCCCGGAUUACAUCCCUUAUCUGUGUGGAUUGUCGUACACAGAUAGAGAAAUCGGGAUCAUCACGCAAGAAAGGGUGAACUGCUCUCAGGUAUCCAGUAUACUUGAGACACAACUUAAUUAUCCUUCGUUUUCAGUUUUAUUCGGGUCGGAUGUACAGAUGUACACAAGAACGGUGACGAAUGUUGGAGAGGCGAAUUCGUCUUACGUUGUGAAGGUCUCUGCGCCUCCUGGUGUUGGUGUGGUUGUUGAACCGGAGAGACUUGACUUCAGUGAGCUGGGACAGAAGCUGACAUACCAAGUAACCUUCACCAGAGAUCUGAAUGGAGACAAGUUCAAUUUUACACAAGGAUUUCUUGUGUGGAGUUCGACUAGGUACCAGGUCAGAAGUCCGAUUGUGGCAAUGAUGCAGGACUGGCAUUCGAGUUUACUAAGGAAUAAGAAUUGUGUUCUAUUUUAGGGUUUGUU